GCAGCUGUUGGAAAAGAAGGCUCCCAUCAAGCCUGCCAUGGUGUCCAGACUGCCUAUGUUCGGGGUCCGACCAGCCACAGGGGUCACCAGCCCCCUGCCCAAUGGAACCACCCAGCCCACCCCUCCACCCCAAGAUGGCAAGACCACCCCCCCAGCAAGACCCAGUUGGGUGGUCGGUACCUCUUCCUUCUCUCUAAAAUGGAGAAAAGACGGUGGUAGUACUCCCACCACCACCACUAACCCUGAAGAUGGUGCAUGUCCAGAGGAGCGAGGGGACAAGACCCAGACUCAGCGCUCCACAGGGGGGAGGGAGAUCAAGAAACCCUCGCCAUCCACCCCUAAGGGGGUCAGGAGGUCUGGUUUGUCUGUGUCCUCUACUUCUACCCCCAAGGCCAUCCCCCGUCAGCCCACAAAGACAAGCCCCAAGGCAGGGCCCAGACAGGGGCAGAGCACCUCCCUCUGUGGGGGCCCCAAACCAGGCCAGAAUGGAGCUACUGCUGGCUCAAGAUGGUCAGGCUCAGGCCUGGUGAGGCCCCGGGCCAGCUCCAGCUUCCCUCGCAGCAGCUCUAGAGACAGCCUCUGCCAAUCCAGUGACAGCCUUAAGUCCAUCGUGCAGGACAGCAUGGUGCGCUCACAAAGUUUCACCCACUUCAAGCAGAUCCCAUCCCCGACCAACCUGCCUAUGGCAUCCUCCUUUUCCUUUAAUCGGACAGUGGAGCUGGCCAAGCCUCUGGCCAACACUCAGCUACAACCACCCAGGACAAACCACAUCAAACCCCCCCAGAUGUCGAACAGAAGGCUGGGCCUGGGGAUGGGCCUCGGCCUGGGGAUGGCGCUGGGGCUGGGACUGGGGAUGGGGAUGGGGAUGGGGAUGGGGGAGCUUCAGUAUCCUAGGAGACCCUCUUCAGCCUGCUCCCCCUCCACAACCCCUAGUGCCCUGAAAAAGCCUCUCCUCCCCAACUGUGUUCUUAACAAGCCCUCUGCUCUGGGCUAUAGACUGACACGGUCUGGCCAGGCCAAGCAGCAGAAACCCCUGUUUACAGGGAGGGUGACAGGGGAGGUCAGGUCUGGAGGGGUGGGGGGUGGGGAUAGGGCAGAGUCAACCCCCCUCACCCUCAUCCCAGAUCCCCUCAGUGACAGUGACAGGACCUCAGGGGGGCAGCUCAGGGGGACAGGGGAGGGGCUAGAAGACAUGUCUCUCUCCUCAGCCUCAUCUCUAUCUCGAGGAGACACCAGCGAGGAGUUCUUGGAUGACUUUGAUAACCUGACUGAUGGGGACGGGGAUGUACCUGACAACAGGAAGAGAGGUAGUACUGCCACUCAGAUCCGCCUGCGUAGCUUCCUGAAUGAGACCAUGGACUGGGCUGUGAUGGGCCUCUCAGGUAGGCUUAAAAAAAACCCUGCUAGAAUCACAUCGUCUUCACCUUCCGGAGACACUUGAAACCCCACCUCUUUAAGGAAUACCUGGGAUUGGAUAAAGUAAUCCUUUUUUUAAAUAAAUAAAUAAAUAAAACAUAUUGUAAAGUGGUUAUCCCACUGGCUAUAAGGUGAAUGCAUCAAUUUGUAAGUCGCUCUGGAUAAGAGCGUCUGCUAAAUGAUGUAAAUGUAAAUGUACUGUUGUGAUUUGUUAUUACUAGUUGCCACAAUUGACAACUCUAGUGCUCUUAAUAACACUACUCCAGUCCCGCGAUUCCUGACAGUCAGUAAAAGGUACAGUAUGAACUGUUUGACCUGUGUGUGUCCCCUGUGCAGGGCAGAAGGAAGAAGUGGGGGUGAGGGCAUCCCUUGGCAUCAAGUCCCCAGAGAGGGGAGACUUCCUCCAGAGCAGCUCAUCUCUGGAGCUGUCCCUCUCCAACAGCUCAGAGGGCACCUACAUGUGGGACGAGGAGGAUCUGGAUCCCCUAGGACGGAGCAUGCACCCAUGUGAGCGCUACGACGACUCAGACCACCUCAACAGC